GCGAUGAGAGUACAUGUUCUUGUCAUUGUUUUUGUUGUUACACAAUCGGGUGUCCAAUUGAUGGCACCUGUUCGACCUGUUACAGAGAGUGGAGCGGUUCAACAUCCAAUUAUUGUCAAAGAGAAAACAUUGCCUACAAUCUGCCAACAGUUUCACAGACUUCAACAUAUGAGGAUCGAGAUGCCAAUUAUGCAGUUGAUGAAAAUGGGAGAACCUCUUCAAGAACUGCGACUGAGGAAAAUCCCAGUUUUUCCUUAAAAUUUUCAGAAGUCAAAAAAUUAAAAUACAUAUAUAUCGACAUAUACGAAUUGAGUACCAGUGAAGCUCGUUAUGACGUCUAUGUGAGAAACUUCACUGAAACCUCUUUAACAGAUGCCAAGUUGUGUAGAACUUUUACAUUGUCUUCAAGGGGGAGAAUUUCGGGUAAUCUUACGUGUGAUCAAGUAAUGAUCGGUGAUUCAAUUGUCAUCCACAAGGCUGUCAGCUGGGGGAGUUUGAUAAUCUAUGAAGUAAAAGUGUAUGAAUGUAGCUCUGGUACAUACGGAUAUCUCUGUGACAAGAUGUGCGAUAACUGCCUCGAAAACCAGUGCGACAGAAUCACGGGAGUUUGCAUAAAAGGCUGCAAUGAUAAUAGGUAUGGAGACAUGUGUGAUAAAGAGUGUCCUGCUAAAUGUGGAAAUUCUUGUGACAGAUACUUGGGAUGUACGAAUUGCUCCCCUGGAUUUACUGGGGCUAGCUGUACAAAAUGUAUGGACGGCACUUUUGGUAAAAACUGUGGUUUUACAUGUACAAAUUGCCGUCUGGAAUUUUGUGACAAUAUUGAAGGAUGCCAGCAAUGUUUAAGGGGCUUUUAUGGACCCAAUUGUAAUAACUCUUGUCCAGAUCAUUGUAGGAAUAGUGAAUGUAACAAAACUUCAGGAUUUUGUUCAGUUGGAUGUGAAGACGGUUUUAUGGGUUCAAAUUGCGAAAUACCUUGCAGAAGUAAUUGUGUCACUUGCGUUUCAAUUGUUUUAUGUUCAUCGUGUAUCGAUGGAAGGUAUGGUCAACAAUGCGAAUUAUCAUGUUCAGAAACAUGUGGCGGAAAACAGACUUGCGAUAAAGAAAGUGGCCGGUGUGAUGAAUGUAUGGAUGGAAAAUAUGGAAAAACUUGCACAAAACUUUGUAGCAAUAAUUGCAAAUCAAGCAUGUGUCAAAGGGAUGGGGACUGUAUUGAUGGAUGUAAUGAAGGAUGGUUAGGUCUGAAUUGCAGUAUGAAAUGUACCGAAAAUUAUUGUUUAGAAUGUAUUCUGUCUGGUUCAACAGUUUCGUGUAAUAAAUGUGAGGAAGGUUACUAUCUAGGCAAUCAGGAUAAGUGCCAGAUAUGUCCAUCUAAUUGUUUAUCUUGUGAGAAUAAAUCGAAAUGUACCCGAUGUAAAACAAAGUUUACUGGACCUUUGUGCGACAAGGACUGUAACAGAAAUUGCAUUGAUCAUGUAUGUGAAACAGAUGGUGUUUGUACAUAUGGGUGUAAUAAUAGAAAGCAUGGGGUAGAAUGUUCUAGUGAAUGUAGAGCGAAUUGUGAACAUUGCUAUGAUUACAACAACUGUACACAAUGUUCACCUGGAUAUUACGGAUUGUAUUGUUCGUCUUGUUAUCAAAACUGUUAUAACUGUACUUCAAACCGAGAGUGUUCAUCCUGCAAACCUGGAUUUCAUGGGAAAUACUGUCAGUUUCCUUGUUCUCCAGAAUGUCUGACCUGUAAUGCUUCAGAUUUCUGUACCUACUGUAAGGAGGGCUGGUCAGGCAGAACAUGUCAAUGUAAUGUAAAUUGUAAUGAUGAAUGUGGUGACAAUGGAAAGUGUGUGAAUGGAUGUAAAAGUUCAUUUUACGGUGAAUAUUGUAAUGUAUCCUGUCCUGUGGAAAAUUGUCAAAUAUGUGAUCAAAAGUUUGGAAAUUGUAUAAAGUGUAAGGAAGGACGUUAUGGAAACCAGUGUGAUAUGGAUUGUAGAAGGACAUGUGUUGGAUCAGUCUGUGAUAUCGAUGGCAAAUGUCUUCAAGGCUGUCAAGAAGGUUUAACUGGAGAAAAUUGUGAAAUGAGUAAACAGACAAAGGAUAUUCCUGACGCUCCAUUGUACGUAUUUGUGUUGAUAGGGGGAGCUCUUUUGGUCGCGCUUGUUUUGAUUCUUGUGAUUGUCUUAAGAAGGAACUUGCAAGAAAAACAAAAAAGUUUGUCGCCUCCUAUGGAAAAAGAUAUGAGACUGACUGAGUUUUUAAACGAGGAGGAUCGGAUCUAUGCCAAUGAAAAUGAACAGAACGAUAGUCCACAAAUUCAGAGACGAUCAUUGUAUACGGAGAUCUCACCAUACAACCUCCGUGGAUCUCAAGCAUACCUGAUCGAACUCGAUCCUAAUGACGUUGAUGAUGUCGAUGUACCUACAUCUGUUGAAUCAGACUAUUAUAAUGUGAAGAUAACUCUUGUCCCAGUAGAUAAACUUUGGGAAAAUGUUCAGUUAAAAAAAUCCAGGGGAGAACUUCACACGGAAUUUGAGAGCAUACCAAAUGGUCUCUUAGAGCCAUGCAAAGAGGCUUUGAAACCACAAAACCGGUCUCGAAACAGAUACAAGAAAAUGUAUCCCUACGACUCAACCCGAGUAAUUCUACAAGUGGAAAAGGGAACAGAAAAUACAGAUUUUAUCAACGCUUGUUUUGUGCAUGGUUUUGAAAAAGAAAGGGAAUAUAUUGCUGCUCAGGGUCCAUUUACUCCAGAAACUGUUUAUGAUUUUUGGAGAAUGAUAUGGCAACAAGAUUGUGGAAAAAUUGUUAUGCUUACAAAUGUCGUGGAAAAUGAAAUAAUGAAAUGCAAAAAGUAUUGGCCAGACAAAGAAGAAUCAUAUGGUCAUUUUCAUGUCAAAUUGGUAAAAGAAGAUAUCACAGCUGAUUAUACUACUCGAUAUUUUAUUCUUUCAGCGAAUGGGAACACAAAGGUCAUUACGCAGUUCCAUUUUACCGCAUGGCCUGAUAAGGGUGUUCCCCAAAAUGUGACUUCAAUAGUGGACUUCAGGAACAAAGUUGUCAGCCAUGACGCCAAACAAGAUGGACCAAUGCUAAUUCACUGCAGUGCAGGGGUUGGCCGCACGGGGACGUUUAUGGCACUGGACUUCCUGAUAAAACAGGGAGUGCGGGAAAGAAGUGUUGACGUCAUCAACUGUGUGGCCCGGAUGCGUCAACAAAGGGUGCAUGUUGUGCAGACAGUGGAGCAAUACGUAUUCUUGCACGAUGCCCUGGUUGAGGCUCUUACAGAAGGAAAAGGUGUUGUGACGGCCAACGAGUUUCCUGAGUAUUACAAAUGUUUAAAACAACUCAAUCCCUCUACUAAAAAGAGUGGAUUGUGGGAACAAUUCCAGCUUAUCAACAAAUUAUCACCAGUUUUUGAUGACAGAAAUUUUCAAACAGCUAAACUCAAGGAGAAUAGAUGUAAAAAUAGAUAUACCAAUGUCCUUGCAAGUGACAACUAUAGAAUAUUUAUCUCAAGUGGUGACAAUAACUACAUUAAUGCUAUACAAAUACCGGGCUACAAGCGUAGGAAUUCAUUUGCUCUCACACAAAUGCCUUUGACCAACACAGUCCAGGAUUUCUGGUUUCUUGUCUUGGAACAAGACGUGUCCACAAUAGUUAUGAUGAAUUCUUUCAAGAAUGAUAAGAGUAUGGGAAUCUACUGGCCAGUGGAUAAAGACGAAGUCACAUUUGGACCAAUCACCGUCAAGCUUCUGGAGAGGGAGGCUGGAAACGCUCCCUAUGGUGUUCUCAAAAUGAAGGUGUUAAAUGUCAAGACCCAAGAAGAGAGAAUUGUGAAACAGUUCCAGUGUAAAUUUUGGUCAGAAGAUGCUGUCAGACCUGAAAGACCCGAGCCAAUGCUAGAGAUGAUAGAAGAAAUAAAUGCAUGGCAGAAACAAGUCAACAACCCUGUUAUUGUGGUUCAUUGCAUGAAUGGCGCAAAGAAAAGUGGUCUAUUUUGUACGGUUGCCACCGUCUUUGAGAGACUGCGCACUGAACAGGAAGUCGGAGUUCUGCAGACGGUGAUACAAAUGAGAACUCGCCGCUCUCAAAUCGUGCCCAGUCUGGAGCAGUUGGUUUUCUGUUAUGAUGCUGUACAAACCUAUACUGACAUGUCUAAUACAUACAUGAAUAUAUGAACUUACCCUAAAGAAGUCCUGUCGAAAUAUGUAACUUCAUCCUGUUUGUAUUAAGGGUGUUCAUAUGAAUGUCCAUUUUUGGAGGGGGAAAUAAAAUAUGUUCUUACAAUAUACAAAGGUAUAAAAAAAAAAUAAUUUAUUUCUACAUAUUUGUAUAUAUACAGUAUACAAAGACUUUUGUUAAAAUUUUGAAAUAUCAAGAGAGACAACUGCAUGAUUUUUUAAGAAUUAA